AUGGCGGACAUCAAGACGGUUUUCGUCACAGGCGGAGCGGGAUACAUCGGCAGCCAUUGCGUACUGUCGCUGCUGGAAGCCGGCUACGACGUGGUGGCCAUCGACAACUUCGCAAACAGCGUCGGCAAGGAGCAGGCCGCCGCCAGUCUGGAUCGGGUGCGCCGCAUUACAGGCAAGGAGAUCACCUUUUACAAGUGCGACCUGUUGGACGUCCAACAGCUGGACGGCAUUUUCGACAAACAUACAUUCGACUGUGUUAUACACUUUGCUGCAGUGAAAUCGGUCGGCGAAUCCAUGAAACAACCUCUCAUGUAUUACAAGAACAACAUAAUAGGCGCAAUGAAUCUUUUGGAAGUGAUGGCCUCUCACGGAUGUUACCAGCUAGUGUUCUCCAGCUCGUGUACCGUUUACGGGAACCCCUCGUCUUUGCCCAUAACCGAAAGUCACCCAAUUGGCAAUGUCACCAAUGUGUACGGCCGCACGAAAUAUUUCAUCGAAGAGAUACUCAGGGACGUCGUAAACUCCGAGCAAAGAUGGAACAUCGUGAGCCUGAGGUACUUCAAUCCGGUAGGAGCUCAUUCAUCGGGAUUGAUCGGAGAAGACCCAACGACAAAUUUUUCAAACUUAAUGCCAUACAUAGCUCAAGUGGCGUUGGGGAAAAAGCCCAAGUUGUCAAUCUACGGUGGAGAUUAUGCAACCCCUGACGGCACCGGCAUAAGAGAUUAUGUUCACGUGAUGGACUUGGCCGAAGGACAUGUGGCAGCUUUAAAAAAACUACAAUCAAAGCAUGCACAUUUACAGAUUUAUAACUUAGGAAGUGGACAAGGAACUUCUGUAUUGGAUUUUGUAAAAACCUUUGAAAAAGUAACAGGUGUCAAAAUACCAUACACAAUUGAAGCACGCCGAUAUGGUGAUAUAGAAUCAAUGUAUGCCAAUUGUGAUUUUGCAAAAGUUGAUCUUGGUUGGACAGCUAAAUAUACCUUAGAAGAUAUGUGUAAAGACUUUUGGAAAUGGCAAACCAUGAAUCCAAAUGGUUACAAGUCAAAUGAUACAGCAAGUAUGAAUGGAAAAACAGAUGAACAUUAA